CUUAUCUCUAUAAAAAUAGGCCUGCUCUCACACCAAGUACACAAGACCAUUCUCAUGGAGCUUUGGACAUAUAUAUAAGAUAGACCUUUUGGGCUGUUCUUCCAUAGAUGAUUAAUUGUUUAGAGACUAGUUCCUUAACAAGAUGGGGAUCAUCAUCAUAUAUAUGAACGGGAUUUCUGUGGGAGGCCAGUACAAAGAGAAGGAUUUCUAUGGGAGGCCAGUACAAAGAGAGAAAGAAGAGUGCUUUUUCUAACUCGCAAAUCUUAGCCAUUGGAUCUCUUAAAGGGGUCGAGAUUUAAAAUUUUUUACAGAAAUUCUAGCCAAAAACCCAUCUAAGUUCUAUAUAUCCAAUCACAUAUUUCUUGAUUUUUCAUACUUACUCUCUCUUCUGAAUUAUGGAUCUUCAACAGAUAUACUCUGGCUAGGUUGUAGAACACUUGUCAGUUGAUUAAAUGUGGCCCCUAUUAAGGCUGAAUAUUGCUUACACUCUGACUAGGUUGUAGAACACUCGUCAGUUGAUAAAAUGUGGCCCCUACCAAGGGUGAAUAUUGCUUUUCGUUUAUUUUGGCAGUUUUUUACUAGGAGUCAAAACAUCAACUGUCGACUCUGAAAAAGUAGUGUCUGGAGUUUGGACAAAUUAAAGGACUUUCCUUCGAUUUUAUAAGAUAAAAGGGCACCUUCAAUUAGCUACAGGGUAGUCGUAGACUUAUAAGGUCCUUUUCUGGUCCUAACAAUAUUAUCGCUCCACAAACAGCCACCGAGUACUAGUACAAUUGUGUUUUGUGCUAGCCUAUGGUCUUAGCUAACAGUACUGCGAUCGAUAAACAGCCACCGGCAUUAAGUGCUAUUACUUGUAUGGUAUGUUUCGCUGUUUCUAGGCAAUGCGUUCAAUCCUUCUCCACCUUUUAGGGAUCGUCAUUCAUUCCACAAUGUGCCACAUCAUCCUUUGAAAACUGUCAAAUACUACAAACAUAUGUUCAUGUAAAUAUUGUUAAAAAAAGUGGGUAAAUAAGUUAAUUUCAAGGUCGAACAGGAUAGCGAAUGUGAGGUAUGAAGCAAGGGACUGUUCAUUUGACAUGGCUUUUGCACGGAAAUCAACACCCACACCACACUCCUGAUGGUCUCUCAUGUUUUUGUUUUUAUUAGAAGAUAUAAUCUAUUAAUAAGAAGCACAUAGGCAGCACAACAAUUGAGAGAUCGAUGAGACCCAUUCAUGGAUCCAACAUGUUACUUCUUCUUUAACCUUCAUUCGAAGACCAAAAUCAGCCAAGAUUUUGACCACUGGAGGUGCAUGGUCGUUGCAUGUUUUGUUAAAGUUCUUCUUCUUCUUCUUGAGAUCAACGUGUGUCAGAUUGGGUGAGUGAAUUCCAUGCUAUCCGUGUCAAGUGAGCAGUCCCUUGCAGAUUGAUCUUUGUUUCGUUGUCUGUUCGACCCUGAACCCCUUUUUCCUGAUUGCUGCAGUGCUUGCAAAUUAAAGGUAAAAACAAAAUGGGCCCAAUUGAAAUUCGGUCUUUCGGCCCAAACUCAAGCGGAGCCAACAAUAAGUGAACCUAAUAUUUCGUUAACAAUCACAGCCCGGCCGCGAUCGGCCCAGUAAGGCCCAACUUGAACUACGUAAUCUUUGCCCGGCUUGGUACGACCCAUCGCUUCCUCAUCCAACCGUCGUAAAUAUCUUCCAUUCGCAGGGUACACGUGCCAGGACGACAAGAGGAAUCUUCCCUUCAUAGAUUCAUCACUUCCACGUGUUAUUGCUUCCGGAACAUUCCGGAACAUGACUUAUUCAGGUCUCUAUCUCUCUCUGUAUAUCAUCCUCCUCAGAUAUAUGUUCUUUACAAAUCAAGAAAUUCAUAGCCAAUUACCACCGCCAUUGGAGCUCUCUUUCGCUUUCGCGUCUUGUCUUUCAGAGUUCCAUGCCAUUCAAUUAGUUCUCUGCUACAUUCUCCAAAGCAUAUUUACCCAGUUUUCGAAUUCAGUAGUGAAGGAGAUGGAGUCUCGACAAGUGCCGUUGCCUUCUUAUUAUAGCAUUCUUGGUGUCGGUAUCGAUUCUGCUGCGGAUGAUAUAAGACACGCGUAUCGUAAACUUGCUAUGGUAAUCAAAUUUUCCUCUGUAGAUCCCAUGUUACAAACACUUAACGACGGAGAAGACGAUUUUGAUUAUAUGAUUGUGUUGUUAAUGUUGCAGCAAUGGCAUCCAGACCGAUGGACCAGAACACCUUCUCUGUUGGGUGAGGCCAAGCAAAAAUUCCAGCAAAUUCAAGAGGCCUAUUCAGUGUUAUCAGACCAGAGGAAGAGGACCUUGUACGAUGUGGGUUUAUAUGAUCCUGAUGAAGAAGAAGAGGAUGAGGGCUAUGGUGAUUUUUUAGAGGAAAUGAUGUCUCUCAUGGCGCAGAACAAGGACAAGAAAUACAGCAUGGAUGAGCUACAGACAAUGCUGGUGGAAAUAAGCGAAGGAUUUGAGUUUUCCUGGUGGCCCUGUGGACCACCUGUCGUUAGAGAUUCUAGUUACUCGGAGAGUAUGCAAUGGGAUUCGGAUUUUCAGAUGGGGAGAAAUCCAGAGGCGCCGAAAUGGCAUAUGUGUGGAACAGGCAGCUGUCAUUGCAGAAGACUCCAAAGCUUUGGCAAUUCAGCCUUCCGAUAGACGAGUAACUCUUCCUUUUGGGUUCCACGUUUUGGCAAUUGAAGCAUUAGGGUCAUAUAUAUUGUGAUGAGAUGUUGAAGUGGUGGGAUAUUUGUCAUAAUUAGAGAGUUUUUGAUCAUGCUGAAGAUCAUGAGAGGAUUGAACACGAGCGUAAGGUUGAAAUUGUUGCAUAAAGAUGCUUGAUUGUUCUUGUCUUACAUUUUUUUGUUUCUCUGUAGGGCCAGUUGAGAUGGUUGUCGUGGGGCUUUGCUCUGCUGGGCCUAGGUCGUCUAAUGAGAACUCUUCCUUCUCUUGUGGAACCAUUGUUGUUCAUUUUGACUUUUUUUCUUGGAAUAUGUCUCUCGUAUUUUGUA